AUGCAUGGAAGCGGGCCAUCAAGUCGUUCAGUUGGAUCCGUCUGGCCUUCGAGUCAGGGUUGGACAGUCAAAAUUUACAGGGGUCUGUUGGUCAGAAUGAGCAUUCCCAUUACAUCUAACUUUGUGACCGUGCCGUUUGCAGGGUUACCAGCAGAAAGUUCUAUGACCUUCCUGAGAAAGGCAUCCGGCAUACUGCACUACUCACAGGACUUGGCUUCUCGACAUGUGUCAUCAUCUGGGUGCGGGAGCUUGUUGCGCUUGUCAGGGCACCUGGAAGAGCUCUGGGUGGUGCUAUUGGGCUUUCUUCCCAAGGACAUCGAGAGGCUGUUUACUUUGGCAGGCCAAUCUCUGGCAAUGCAAGGAACCAUGGAAAAGGCUGGCGCUCGACUGCUGAAGCAGCUGAAGCCCCUCCACUCCGUUCUGCGGCCGCAGUUGAAGUUGAACUGCUUGACAGCUUUCUUCCGGUGCCAAGCAUCAAUGGUUCUCAGGGCCACGUAUGCCUUUUGCCAGAAGAGGCUUCCUUGGCUCGUGCCUGCACUGUGGGCAUAA